CCUUACAGCAAGUAUUAAUUAAAAAAGAAAGACUAAACAAAAAUGUCAGCAAAUGUACACCUUUGAGGAGUACGUUGAAAAAUGUGCCACUCAAUAGCCUUCCCAGUUCGAUUUCGUUGCUGUCAGGAGCCACAAUUUUGACCUGUCUCUUUAAAAGUGUAGAAAGGCAUGGAGGGGGCGUGGCUUCCUCAGGAAACAGGUGUGUGUGCGGACAACAGUGAUGUCAUUGUUUUAAUCUCACCUGGGAAGAACCAUGAGACAGUACGGCUGAUAGAGCUGAUCCUCAGAAGCCUGCCAAGUUCCAGACUGGUCCAAGAGCGAACAAUGCCACCCCUUCCCUGAGGAUGCCAAUGUAGAAGUAGAGAGGGCACAGCGGUGACGGCUGUUUCAGAAGAGGCCCAAGACGCACAUCCACACACAUACGCAGCAGACACACUCAACACGCAGGCACGCUCACCUCCAGCAACAACAAGUGCGAGGCCUCUGGUGUGAGAGCCGUGUUGGAUUCCACAAACCGGUCCCAAGACGGUGGGAAGCAGUGGCAGCCGCACACCUAAUGAGCUGCGUCACAGCGUCUCCUUAGACAACCGCAGAAACGCAGAGAGAUUUUCUGAGCAGAGGGGAAAGUUAAACUCGCCUUCUUUACCUUGGGACUCUCUCAGGACGUGGGGUCCAUCUUAAGCGUGACCAGGGUGGCACAAAAAUACUGCGGUGCUGCUGUUUUCUCUUCCCUGCACGGUGGGCGUUUCUUUUUAAACGUGUUCUUGUCUACCAGCCACGAUCAAUUUGUGAUCAUGACCUUGGCCAAGUCUCUUCAACAAAGGGCAGUUUUCUGCUGAUUCUGAGAGUCCCUGAGGGUCCCGGGCAAGGCGUCCGCCUGCGGGGAGCAUGUCCUGGAAGAGGAACUACUUUGCGUCAGGCAGCAGCGGGCUGCAGGGUAUCUUCACCCCACGCACCAUGACAUCCAUCGCGCCCAGCAAAGGACUCAGCAACGAGCCGGGCCAGAACAGCUGCUUCCUCAACAGCGCCCUGCAGGUCCUCUGGCACCUUGACAUCUUCCGCAGGAGCUUCCGUCAGCUGACCACUCACAAGUGCAUGGAGGACUCCUGCAUCUUCUGUGCCCUCAAGAGCAUCUUUGCGCAGUUCCAGUUCAGCAGCGAGAAGGUGCUGCCGUCCGACGCCCUGCGCAGCGCCCUGGCCAAGACUUUCCAGGACGAGCAGCGUUUUCAGCUGGGCAUCAUGGACGACGCGGCCGAAUGCUUCGAAAACCUACUAAUGCGGAUUCACUUUCACAUCUCGGAUGAGACCAAGGAGGACAUCUGCACUGCAAAGCACUGCAUCCCGCACCAGAAGUUUGGCAUGACACUUUUCGAGCAGUGUGUGUGUAGCAGGUGUGGGGCCACCUCAGACCCUCUGCCCUUCAUUCAGAUGGUCCACUACAUAUCGACUACCUCCCUCUGCAACCAGGCCAUCCGCAUGCUGGAGUGCCGGGAGAAGACUACACCAGACAUGUUCGGGGAGCUGCUUCGCAAUGCCAGCACCGUGGGGGACCUGCGCAACUGUCCGAGUAACUGUGGCGAGAAGCUAAGGAUCCGACGAGUGCUGAUGAACUCCCCAGAGAUCAUUACCAUCGGCUUGGUGUGGGACUCAGACCACUCGGAUCUGGCCGAAGACGUCAUUCAUAGCCUUGGCACCUGCCUGCGCCUGGGAGAUCUGUUCUACAGGGUAACAGAGGACAAAGCCAAGCAGGCUGAACUCUACCUUGUGGGCAUGGUCUGCUACUAUGGCAAGCACUACUCCACCUUCUUCUUCCAAACCAAGAUCCGCAAAUGGAUGUACUUUGAUGAUGCCCAUGUCAAGGAGAUUGGGCCCAAGUGGAAGGACGUGGUGUCCCGGUGCAUCAAGGGCCACUACCAGCCCCUGCUGCUCCUCUACGCUGACCCCAGGGGGACACCCGUGUCUGCGCAUGACGUUCCUGCACAGCUCGACCUGCGUCACUACAACAAGGCUGGAUACGACAGCGAGGAUUCUGGGCGGGAGCCAUCCAUCUCUAGCGACACCCGCACAGACUCCUCCACGGACAGUUAUACCUACAAGCACUCUCAGUCGCACCACGAGUCCAUGGCCAGCCACUUCUCCUCCGACUCUCAGGGCACGGUCGUCUGCGGUCCUGACAACGACGCCACCUCUCAGAGCAGCACCGAGUUCGCAGGACAAGGGCUGGACAGUGAGCCAGCGCAGCGACACACACAGAGAAAAGGCGGGACUGUGGACAGGAAGGGCGGGGCCGGGGACAAAAAGAGGAGCUCUAGUCGUCCACGGCGGGGGGACGAGAGGAGCCGGGCGACUAAGGCAGAUGAGGUGUCUUCUGCAGGAUACCACAGUGAGGGAGAGACUUUGAAGGAGCAGCAAGCCCCCCGCACAGCUCCCAAGCCCACCUCCAGCCGCCUAAGGGAGUUCAAGGAGACAAUGAGCAACAUUAUACACAGCAGGCCCCUGUCAUCCUCCACCUCAGGCCUUGGGGGUCCUGAGCCUGGGGCCAAGACCCGGGAGUGGGAGGUGGAGAGUACCAGCAGUGAUUCUAAGUCCAGCUCAUCCGGUGGGCGGUUCCGGCCAGCCUGGAGGCCCAGGCGCGAAACGCUGAACAUUGACAACAUCUUUAGUCGGGAACGACGACGACAGGCAGGGUACAGCCCGCUGGGUGCCACGCCCCUACCUGAGGAUGGCAGGGCGCCGGUGGAUGCACCUGUUGGGGCUGGCACAGGGGAACAGGUAACCCUGGAUGGCUUGGGUUUCUGGACCCUUCCCCCUCCACCAGUUCGUAGCCUUGACAACCAGCCACGCCUGAUCCAGAGGAUGGAGAGCGGCUAUGAGAGCAGCGAGAGGAACAGCAAUAGCCCUGUGAGCCUGGACAUGCCCCUGAGCGAGGGCCCCCACACAGCUAGCUCACACAGGGAUCCAGGUGUGAAGAAGGCGUUCAGCUUGGGCCCAUCAUGGCGUAGUGUGCCCAAGUCCAAGAGCAGCAGCGCCCUGCUGCAGGACCUCAAGACGCCAUCUUUAAGGGGCAGUCAUCUGAGCCUGGCAGGGGAGGGCCGCAGCGAGCUGGACGAGCUGCAGGAGGAAGUGGCCCGCCGAGCAAGAGAGCAAGAGCUGCAGAGGAAGCGGGAGAAGGAGCAGGAAGCAGCCAUGGGCUUCAACCCCAGACCCAGCAAGUUCAUGGAUUUGGACGCGCUCCAGAACCAGGGAAAGGGGGACAAUUUUGAGAGGUGUGUGGCAGAGGCUGACUCCCUGCUAGAACAGUCCCUGCAGCUGGAGCAGGCUGAGGACCUGGUGGCGGCGCUGGCCCUCUGCAACGAAGCUGCGUCCAAACUAAGACUUGCCAUGCAUGAGGGCAGUGCUAACACUCAUAGCAGAACAGUGGCUGAUAAGAAGCUGCAAAAGUGCAUGAGGAGAGCUCGGGGCCUUCAGCAGCGCAUGCAGGAGACUCCGGAACCCACGAAGCCCCGGGAGGGCGCCAGUGAACAGCCUGGCCCGGUCCAAACACUGAUGACAGCCACAGGGAAGGAGGACCAGGAAGUGGCCCAGGGCUCUACCCCUGCCCUGCCUGCUCCAGCCCUUGACAGGCCUCUCUCCACUUGUAGAAACGUAAACCCUGAUCCACCAAGCCUCCCAUCUCCACAACUCACCCACUCAGCGGGGGGCAGCAGCGAGUGGCUGCCUCCGCCCCCUAGCCCAGAGCCCUCCGAGGCUGGAUGGGACCAGUGCGACAGCUGGGACAACAUUGGCGUGCCAGCAAAGCCGCUUCACCAGCUGAAUGCCACCUCCUUGCCCGAUCUGCCGCUGGACGGCUGGGGGCAGCAAGACAGCGAUGGAGAGAGCUACCCCCCGCCACCCCAGCUACCCCCUGACCUGAGCUGCCCUGGGCCAGCAGACUACAGCUUCAUGCCACACACUGCCUCACCUGCGGAGUGCGGAGAGCCCACGCUACUACACCCCAACAGCAGGCCGGUGUCCCCUCCACCUUCUGCCCACAGCUGGUCCUCCCGCAGCCUGGACAGCCAAGAGGUCAUCGGCACACCUUUCUAUAGCCCACCUGAUAAUUAUAGUCAUGAUGCCCCCAGGAAGGCAGCAGCCCCCCCUUCACCUCACGGUGGAUUUGGGCCAAAGCCGCCCAUGCCAGUGGAACGCUGGGCCGAGAAUGUCACACGUUACUAUAGCUCCCAGCCUGCCACUGACAUGCGGAGGGAAUCCCCUGACCAGGAGCUUUCAGAGCUGGACUCCCUCUAUCAGGCCAGCCUGCAGGCUCCUAGCAUUCCCAGGACCCUCCCUGCAUCAGCUACUGGAAAACCAGGUGCAGCUCGGAAGCUACUUUCUGGGGCGGCGACGUUGGGCCGCUCAAAGACCCCUACAGCUGAGAUAGAGAGGACUGCAUACAGGACGCCAGGCCGUACCAGCCCCUCUGCCCAUCAUCGCAAGGUCCUGCCCACCACGACUGAUGAGUUGCCACAGGUGGGAGAGGAUGAGGCCUACAGUGCGGAGAACCUGCGACGCAUCGCCAGGAGCCUUAGCGGCACUGUCAUUGGGGGGCGUUCUGAGCCCCUCUCCGUGUCUCGCAGUUUUGAGCCUUCGGUUGCCAGGAUACCUAAGCAUGCGGACACCCGUGUCACACGUCACGCUAGAGCCUCCCCCCACUUCACCUCCUCCCACAGUCCUGCUGUUGUCCCCUCUGAACCCCAGCACCGACACCAUCACUUCGCCCCACCUUUGCACCUUUCCCAGCAGCCACAUCAGCCCACUGUGUGCGGGCCCUCUCGGGGACUCUCAGGAGAUUGCCAGAAGGUCAACAAGUUUUUGGCUGUGUUUGACCGGGGUGAAGCUCUCUCCCGUGAAAACUACAACAGUGUUGCCUUAAGUUAUGGCACGCUGCCUCGGGCACCUGGACGCGCAGCCCUGGGAACCUCUGCUCCUCAGGCCAGGGGAGGUGCCGUAACAUCAGGGCCCUGGAUGUCCAGAGACAUGCAGCAGCGCAGCACGCACCAAGGCUAUGCCACCCUCGCUCAGCCGCGGCACGUAGCCCCCACUGGCAGGACCACCCCAGGUGAACGCUGCAACCAGACAGCGAGAACCGUGCCAGCUCGCCUCUACGGCACCCUCCAACAUCCGGCUCGCCCCCGUCCGACGCUCACUGCUCCGCUGGAGGUCCCCACCCAGCCCCGCCGGCUCGACGUACCACCCGAGGCUCAUUGGGUGAGCAGCGGCUACAAGAAAGCCCCACCAUUUUCCAGGCCCCCCAUGGAGGCCCAGCACCCCCCGGCACUCCGCCCUGGUCCACAUACCCAUCAGUCACGAGGCCCCACCCAACCCUGUGCCCUGUGUCACCAGGCACCUGUAAAGCCCAGCCGCAACUACUGCCCCCCCUGCAGGGCCUAUAUGGCACGCUUUCGCCCCACCAGCCGAUAACCGCAGACUAACUCCCAUCACGGAGCUCUGGUGCCCCGGCCGUUCAUCCAGUAGGUGUGUGUUUGGAGUGAAACUGUGGAGUAUCCCCCCCGAUUCUUCCUGUCCCAUAAAGAUGCCUUUAGAUUCAACUACAUUCUGUAUUCGGACAGGUCAGUAAGGAGCCCACCUCGCAGCCUACUCAACAUUUAAUGGACCUUUUCUUUAUUCUCACUGUCUUUUUUUUUUUCUUUUUUUUCUAUAUGCAUACAUUGGAGUCCUUUUUUUAUUGAAACACUCUUCAUCUUGGUGCUUUCGAUAUCCUCUGUAAGACAGCUGGGUGUGCAGUGGAUUGUAGGGCUGGAGAAAAGACUUGUGUGUUGGUACAGGUGUCAUUCCAGCAGUAACUUAUUCCAACAGGAUGAAGUCUGAGCUGUGAGAAGACCAAUGUGUGUUCCGAUUUAAAGUGUGAGGCGGGACAGGUAAUGUCUGAGAAUCUUCCCACUCAUUAGUCUGGCCUUUAGAGUGAAAGGAGGGUAUCCGUGUGAGAAGGGAGGCCUCCGCAUUUUCUCUCAGUGUGCAUUAGUUCCAGCCUUCCGUUCUGGAGCCUGAUCCAGUGGAUGUAUUUCCUCUCCGAUUGAGAAAGUCAGUACCACUUGCCGUGAAAUACGAGUUCAGGAGCCCGAGAGAGUGAAGCUACCCUGGUGUGCUGGCCCUCGCUCGACAGUUAAGCGUAACACGGGCCGAUUUAGUGGGAAGCAGCUCCGACGCGACGUGAGUUCCAUGAAGCGCGUGGCUCAAACAGCCGCUCUCUUCUCUGAAAAUUUUAUUUAUUUUUUUAUUAAAGAAGAUGUCUGUGUUGUACAUAGAUGGGACUCGAUGUCGCGGGGCCUGCAGAAGUAAUUCCAAGAACGUUCCAGGGUGGACUUGCGUAAGGCACGAAGUAGACGAAACUAGUCUUGUGGGUUGUGACUCCCUGCCGCCCACUUUGGACACGAUUGCAGGUGCGCAGAUUUUCUGUGGAGGUUAAGCUGAAGACAAACAGUUGAAAACAGCUGAUUAAAUCAAAUAAACCAUUUAUUUCAAAGACUACAUGGAGCUUAACCCUCGGAAGUUCUAUAGUGACAGAAACUACAAGCUGGAUGCCCUCAUGAGGGGUAAACAGCAUCCCAGCUGCUUCCACUGAGCUCAGAGCACUUCCUGGUGCUCAGAGCUCUUGUUGAAUCUAAUUUUUUGUUGGGCGGACAAAGGUGCCACGUAAACAAUAAUCACAAUAUAAAUAUGCCCAUUUUUAACUUGUAGCACAUGGAUAGUCUUUGUUAGUGACGAGGGGUUAUAUUUGUAGGACAUGUCCUUUAUCUGAGUUCAAGACACUCUCAGCAGAGACUCGAUGUCGCAGGACCAAGCACAGUGUGUGUGGAGCACCCCGGCGAGUCCUGUAAAACCACGGGUUCGUUUGCCCCUUAAAUGAACCACUACAUGUAUGGUUAGGGUUAGGCACCCUGAGGAAGUUGUGAAAUAUGUCGUAAAAUUGAAGUUGAGGAAAUGUGUGUCGGGUGGACGCCGCGGUCAGCUGUUACUAGCGCUGGAGGCGGGUGAGCCAUCGUAGACGUCUGUUUACUGCCGUUUACCGUUUCCUGCCCCUUAACUGCCCAGUGAGGAAGCAGCUACAGAAAGUUGCGUGACGGCAAACGGUCUCCUGCAGACCAGUAAUGGAAGAACUCAUUGAAAGGGGCAUCAAAUAACACAACGAAACAGCACAGAAGAUGCAGAGCAGUGUCACUCAGUAGGUUUUGGGGAGAAUCUCCUGUAGUGUAAAAACAGACUUACCAGUAGCAUGCCAUGUAGUAGCACAUUUUAAAUAAAUACAUAAAUAAAUAAAUGAAUAAAUCCACAUUCUAGUUUCAUACUUUGUGGCAAUGUGGUGGGAAUUUAAUGUGGCUUGAUGUGCAGUUCAGUUUAAAUCACGGAAAUAUCUGUGGACCUAGAGCGCCGGUACCAUGAUGAGUUGACUUUUCUGUCCUGUGAUGAGAGCCAUACCUACUGAAAGUUUACCUUCCUUCACUGUACGUUUCCAUAGUGAUCUCACUCACGUCGCUGUAACAGGUGAGAUGUAACACUGUGCUCCUUUGGACUCGGAGGAGUCUGGAACCUUUAUUUUUUCAGCCUUACCACUUGCUUUCUGAAACUUUCGUUAAAGGAUAUAACCGCUCCGGUUAGCGAGCAAACAUGUGACAUCUGUGAACGCCGUGACGCAGGUGACACAUAACGGCCUUACGGACUAGCGCCGGUAUGACAGAUGCAGUAUGUGGCUUUGGUAUUCGCUGUAGAUUCACGUUAACAUCCCGCCUUUAGGGACACACUUGUUUGCCAUGAACCGUGUUUGCCCAUGCGUAGCUGGCUGAACUGCUGUUUUUCAUGCUUUUAUUUAUUGUUUUAUGUUUCCGGUGUCAGAGAAAGAGAGAGUUAGACUAGAACUGCCGAGACCCACUGAGAGCACGUGUUGCUGAAUGUCUCCUGCCCAGCGAGACAGAGCGUAGCCGUCGCUGUCCUGACCGUACCAAAGAUUACACACGACUCCGUGUGGCGCGUCAGCGGGGAUCCGGUCGAUGGCGGGAGAGACCGCGAAUCCCAAACCACAUCGCUCUCUAGUGGAUCAUCAGCGGAAGUGUACUUCACACACUCUUCUUUUACAGCGUAUUUUCCUCACCGGUAGAUUUAUAGCAGCUCUUAACUGUGUAUAUUAACAUGUGUACAGCUAUUAAUAGCCUAAAACAAAAAUGUGAAGAGAACGAUUUCUUGAGAAUAUAAAGGUAUUUACAUGGAUUUCCAGUUUGAUCCUGUUUGUAAAUGCUGUGCGGGCAGAUGUAACUUGUAUUUUUGCAAUAAAGUUGUUAAUAAUAUGCUCCAGUGAGAGCAAGGCACAGUCACGUGUGUGGCCCUCAGUUCUUACGUUUGUGUUUUUUAGCUCAAACACACGCUUCCCUGAACCAACUCUCGGCUCC